GGGUUUUUAGCGUCGUCACUUUUUUCUGCAGUCAAAGAGUGACAGAGCUCUAGCCGCGGAAGCUCUGAUACUGAACCGGAGGUCAAGCUCAGGAUCACAAAAUGGCGAGGGGAUUGAAGAAGCAUUUGAAGAGGCUCAAUGCCCCCAAGCAUUGGAUGCUUGACAAACUUGGUGGCGCAUUUGCACCUAAGCCGUCAUCUGGACCUCACAAGUCCAGGGAAUGCCUGCCAUUGAUCAUUAUCCUGCGAAACCGGUUGAAAUAUGCUCUCACUUACCGUGAGGUCAUUGCCAUUCUGAUGCAACGACAUGUUCUGGUUGAUGGGAAGGUUAGGACUGACAAAACCUAUCCAUCAGGUUUCAUGGAUGUUAUAUCAAUCCCAAAAACAAAUGAGAAUUUCCGUCUCCUGUAUGACACAAAGGGUCGGUUCCGUCUCCACUCUAUCAGGGAUGAAGAGUCAAAGUUUAAACUGUGCAAAGUCCGGUCAGUGCAGUUUGGUCAAAAGAAUAUCCCCUACAUUAAUACCUAUGAUGGGCGUACAAUCCGCUACCCUGACCCUCUCAUCAAGGCCAAUGACACCAUCAAGCUUGACCUAGAGACCAACAAGAUCACCGACUUCAUCAAGUUUGAUGUUGGUAAUGUGGUCAUGGUCACUGGUGGAAGGAACAGGGGGCGUGUUGGUGUCAUCAAGAGCAGGGAGAAGCACAAGGGAAGUUUUGAGACCAUCCACGUCCAGGAUUCAACUGGUCAUGAGUUUGCAACCCGUUUGGGGAAUGUGUUCACCAUUGGCAAGGGAACAAAGCCAUGGGUGAGUCUGCCCAAGGGAAGAGGUAUUAAGCUAUCGAUCAUCGAGGAGGCCAGAAAGAGGCAAGCAGCUCUACAAGCAUCAGCCGCAUAAGCAAUUAUGAGUUGUUUCAGAUUUUGAUUCGCUUGUGCAGUGCUGUUUUACAGUCGCGCCUGAACCAUUAGUUAUGAAUUUGUGCCUCGAAUUUUUCCAGCUUGUUUCUUGUGACAGUCGGAUUAUGGAUUCUAAUAUCUGUUAUGUUAAUGUUGCAUUGGCCAUUAGUU